AUGAACCAGUUGUGCAAACGCUUGAUAAGAAAUAUGAGCUGGAGACCGAGAUAUUUCGAUAUAGGUGUGAACUUCUCAGAUCCCAUGUUUCAAGGGUGUUAUAAUGGGUCAACCAAUCCGAAACAUCCAUGUGAUAUUGAAGAUGUAAUCAGCAGGGCCCAUUUGUUCAAUGUGGAUCGAAUGUUGAUUACAGCUUCCACCAUUAAAGAGAGUCGGGACCAUUUUAGAUUGUGUGAAAAGUAUCGAAAUCAAUUUAACUCAACUGCAGGUGUCCAUCCAUGCUCAGUUGCUAGUGAAUUUUACGUGAAAGAAGGAGAUAGUUAUACAGAGGAGUUGCGAUCUGAUGUUGAUGAGAAGCUCGCGGAGUUAAGAAGGAUCCUCGUUGACGGAUACCAACUGGGCAAUGUGAAAGCAUUCGGAGAGAUUGGAUUAGAUUAUGACAGACUACAUUAUUCUAGUAAGCGUCAACAACUUCAUAUGUUUAAACGUCAAUUGGACAUACUACAUGAACUUGACUUCAAUCUUCCGUUAUUUCUACACAUGAGGGCUGCAUGCGAUGAUUUUAUACAAAUUAUCAAACCUUACAUAGAUGACGGUACUGUCAAAAAUGGUGUGGUGCAUUCAUUCACUGGGACAGAAGAAGAGUUGAAUAAAUUGCUUGACCUUGGUUUCUACAUAGGUCUUAAUGGAUGUUCAUUAAAAACUGAAGAAAACUUGGACGUCGCAUCAAAAAUACCGGUUCAGAAACUUAUGAUUGAAACUGAUGCACCAUGGUGUGAAAUUAGAAAAAGUCAUGCUAGUUAUAAAUUAAUUUCUCCGUAUCCAAAUAAAUUUUACCCGGAAAUUGAGACGGGGCAAUUGAAUGAAGCCAAAUCCCAGUUUAAGCUAGAUGAUAACUUGCCCUUUCCUGCUAUCAAAAAGGAGCAUUAUACAAAACAUGCGGAUUUCGUUCAGAAAAGAAUUGAAGAUUAUCGAGAUGAUACUUCAACUGAGACUAGAAUUGGUUUACUUAGCAAACCAAUGAUCAAAUCUCGCAAUGAACCAGUUCAAGUCGGUCAUGUGGCUGAAGUUCUCUGUAAGUUACGUGGAAUUACUGAUGAUUCAGCUAUAGAAAAUUUUAUAGAUACAGUUUUUGACAACUCAGUAAAAGUUUUUCAUUAA